AUGGUUAAAGCUGGUAUGUAACACAAUUCAAUAUAAAUCAAUUGAGUUACAAUUGUUAUAAUUGACUUAUUUCGAAUGGUUGCAAAAUAAUAUCACAACAAUGGCUGACAACAAUAAAAUAAUAAUAUUAAUUUGCUCAUAUUACUCCAUUUGACAAGUUACAAUUUGCUCAACAUUUUACGACCAAAAUAUAAUGAAUUCUUACUAACGGUUAUUUUUAUCAGUUGCUGUUUUAAGAGGAGAUUCAAAAGUUUCUGGUGUUGUUAAAUUUGAACAAUCUUCAGAAAAUGAACCAACUACUAUUUCAUAUGAAAUUGAAGGUAAUACUCCAAAUGCUUUAAGAGGUUUCCAUAUUCAUCAAUUUGGUGAUAAUACAAAUGGUUGUACUUCUGCUGGUCCUCAUUAUAAUCCAUUUUCAAAAACUCAUGGUGCUCCAGAAGAUGAUGAACGUCAUGUUGGUGAUUUAGGUAAUGUUUCAACUGAUUCAAAAGGUAUUGCAAAAGGUUCAAAACAAGAUUUAUUAAUUAAAUUAAUUGGUCCAAAUUCAAUUUUAGGUAGAACUGUUGUUAUUCAUGAAGGUACUGAUGAUUAUGGUAAAGGUGGUUUUGAAGAUUCAAAAACUACUGGUCAUGCUGGUGGUAGACCUGCUUGUGGUGUUAUUGGUUUAACUCAAUAA